AUGAAAUUUACCAAGUAUACCGGAAAACCAAUUUCUCAAUUAGAGUAUGCAAAGAUUAUAGGAUCUUUGAUGUAUGCUAUGACAUGUACAAGGCCGGACAUAGCAUUUGCGGUUGGUAAAUUGAGUAGAUUUACUAGUAACCCGGGUCCCCAACAUUGUGGUGAACCUCCUAUUUUGGAAGGUUAUCCCGAUGCAAGUUGGAUCACUAAUGAAGAGGAUAUUUCUUCAACUAGUGGUUGUGUGUUUUUUUAUGGCGGAGGUGCCAUUUCUUGGGCUUCCAAGAAACAAAUGGUAAUAGCAGAUUCCAAUAUGUCUGCAAUUCAUUGCACUCGCCUCGGCGAAAAAUGA